AAGUUUCCCACUGAACUUUACAUUCAUCGCGGACCAGUCCUCCUCCUCAGCAGCAGCAUGGCUCAAUCGGGACAGUGGUGGAUUCUGUGCGCGCUCGCCUGCCUCGGCUCCUGCAGGAGACACGGACAAGGACAAGGACAAGCAGAAGGAGGCCAACCCGAGCUCUUCAUCUUCAACGAGCUGUGCGCCAUGAAGGACGAGCCGGGGCCUUGCAAGGCCAUCAAGGAGAGGUUCUUCUUCAACGUGGACACGGGUCACUGCGAGCUGUUUGAGUACGGCGGCUGUGGAGGGAACGCCAACAACUUUGAGACCAUGGAAGAGUGCGAGGAAAUGUGUCUUGUCUCAGACGACAAGAACCCCUGUCACCUGGACGUGGCCUUCGGGCCGUGUCGGGGGAUGGUGAAGCGCUUCUACUUUGAAAGCGCGAGUCAGGAGUGCAAGCAUUUCUAUUACGGCGGCUGCUUCGGCAACGCCAACAACUUCAGGAGCCUGGCGGAGUGCCAGGGAAGAUGUCCCAACCCAGUAAAACCCACCGAGGCACCAGAGGUCCACUCUCACUCUGCUAGAAGACUAGAUGUUGUCCAGCCGACUGAAGUUCCUGAAGAACUGGCUCUGAUUCAACCUCAAGUGCAACUGAAUGGCUCCUAUCAGGACACAACAGAGGGGAAGCACAAGGGUGUGUGCGUCAGUGCAGAGGACAGGGGAACAUGCGACGGUGCCGAGAAGAGAUUCUUCUUCAACUCCAAGACCAAGAGAUGCCAGAUGUUCCAGUACAGUGGAUGCGGAGGCAACGGGAACAACUUCACGUCCCGGAAGCACUGUAUGAGAAAGUGCAUUAGAUCGGGUCACGGGAAGAUGAUCAGGAUAAAGAAGAAGAACCUCGGCAGCAUCGUUCAUCAGUCUGUCUGAACACUGCCUCAGAUCCUGCACUACUGAGAAGUCACCUGUAUUUAUGUCCAUAUUUGUGUUUCUAGCUUUACUCCUGCAGGUGUUUCACAGUUCGACUGUCAGAUCAACCUCUUGUGCCUUUGACUUAACUUUGUUGGGACUGAAUCAUUAAUCAUUUUGAUUUCUCAGUGACAAAAAACGUACGUUUGGCUGAUUUAAUAAUUCAGCUCUUUACAUUAAUGUUAUUCAUAUCAGCUCUUUUGCGUGUUAAUGUUAUGUCUUUAAUCAAACAGUUUCAGAUCUGUGUUGCCAACGUACUGAUAUAAACCGUCUCACUGCGACUUUUGAGAAAAAACGCCAAAGUUACUCCAUGAUUUUUGUUCAGUGCAUUAACAUAAACUGAUGCUUUUCUAUGGUGUUUUUUCGGUGAAGCUUAAAUAUUUUUUAUCAAUGUGAGGAGCAGCAUUAGCAGAUUAAAGCAGCGGACAAUCCUUGUUCCAGGAUCAAUGACAACAGAACCAAACGCACUCAUCAUGAGGAUCAUGUCCUCACGGCUGUAAAUCAAUGUUAACGAGGUAGCGACUGCUUUAAUCUUGUCAGAUGAGGCUUAAUUAUACGUGCAAUUUUUAUUUUUUUUCUCCUUUUAAAUCAAUAUAAUGCAGCUUUAUAAAUCACUAUAUUAUAUUGCUGGUGUUGCUGCUCUUUGUUGUUGUUGUUGAGUUGAAACAGAGGGGGGCAGUGUUGGGUAAGGUAAGUUUAUGGCUGUAAAGAACUGGAGAGUCAGAUUUCAUCAAAUAAAAUUCCACUAUAUUCCAA